UUGGAGGGCUGCGCCGUGUCCCUCAUUCAAUCUUCCUCCUUCCCAUAAUAAAAUCUGGUUUUCAAUUAGCAGUUAAACGUUUGGGGGAAGCUAUAAGAGGUGCUAAGUCGUUUUUCAGUCAUGUUGAGUAUCCUUCCGAAUGGGAAGUCUGCGCAUGUUUGAUUCCUGGCUGGGGUCUGAAGGGACAUGGCUGAAACGAAGCAGGUUUGGGGUGGUAUUCCAAAUGGAAGAAAAAUCCCAGACGCAGGGCAAUCCUAACACAUCACAUCAAUUCACUUUGGGGUUUUUGUAGUACUUGAGAAUUUGCUGUCAAGUUACAGCUGUUGCAUCCAGUGUAGAAGAAUCCCCAUAUAGCACGCCUGCUUGUCUUCAUCAUGGCCUUUCCAGAGCCAAAACUGAAGAAGCCUGAGUUGCCAGAGAAACUUCUGGGCACACUGGAAUGUAAACAGGGAGCUGUCAGGGCAGUGAGGUUCAAUGUGGAUGGAAAUUAUUGUCUCACCUGUGGCAGUGACAAAUCACUUAAGCUCUGGAACCCCCUCAAAGGCACUCUCCUUAAGACUUACAGUGGCCAUGGCUAUGAGGUUCUGGAUGCAGCAGGAUCAUUUGAUAACAGCCAGCUUUGUUCAUGUGGUGCGGACAAGACAGUAGUGUUGUGGGAUGUUGCCACAGGUCAAGUGAUUCGCAAGUUCCGUGGCCAUGCAGGGAAAGUAAACUGUGUCCAGUUCAAUGAAGAGGCAACUGUGAUCCUUUCAGGUGCUAUUGACUCCAGUGUCCGCUGCUGGGAUUGCCGGUCACGCAGACCAGAUCCCAUCCAAAUCCUGGAUGAGGCCAAGGAUGGCAUUUCCAGUCUGAAGGUGUCAGACCAUGAAAUCCUUACAGGUUCUGUGGAUGGGCGUGUCCGUCGCUAUGACCUCCGUGCUGGGGAGCUCUACUCAGAUUACAUUGGAAGUCCCAUCACCUGCGUGUGUUUCAGCAAAGAUGGGCAAUGUACCCUGGCUGCUAGCUUGGAUUCUACUCUGCGUUUGCUGGACAAGGAUACGGGUGAACUACUAGGAGAAUAUACAGGCCACAAGAAUGUAACCUAUAAGAUGGACUGCUGCAUGAGCGAGAGGGACACUCAUGUCGGGAGCUGCUCUGAGGAUGGGAAGGUGUACUUCUGGGACCUGGUGGAGGGGUCCCUUGCCCUGAGCUUGCCUGUGAGCAAGACUGCAGUUCAGUCUCUGUCCUUCCACCCAACUGAGUCUUGCUUGCUCACUGCUGCAGAGGGCCGUGUGCAGUUUUGGAGGGAGGAGUCAUACGUGGCCGAGGAAGGGGAACCAGCCUGAUGGUCCCUGUCCUGGCUUGAGUGGAGGACCGAAGCUGCAAGGAGAUGGAACUUUCAGCCAUACUUCUCUUCAGAAGCACAGUACUGUUUCCACUGCCUUCGGGAGGGUGUGCAACACUGGACUCCCCUGCUCUUUGGAAUCACACUUUGCAACUGGUGCUUGUAACACUUAAUUACAGUCUCUCAGUUCCAUACCAGUUUCCAGAGGGAUGGUCAUGUUAGUCUCUCUUCCUCAACCAUCAGCAGGUUUCUGUUUUAUAAGUACUCUCAUCUUUCAACAUUAAUACCAGAGUUGAUUGUUCUCCUUCCCCGCCCCCCAAAAGACUGUAUUGUUUUACUGAAAACUAAGUAAAAUUAAGUUGUUUUUCAGAA